CGAACAAGAGGAACUACAUUUCCCAGCAGGCCACGGGGUAGGGUGGCUGUCGGGUUGCUCCGGCCAUUCCUGAGGGCCACGAGUGAAGUCAAAGCUCCGGCUCUCGGUCCGGGGCUGGCAGAAGCAUGGAGGUCGACGGUCGGUGGCGGAACCUGCCCAGCGGGCCCAGCUUAAAGCAUUUGACCGACCCCUCGUACGCGGUCCCCCCGGAGCAGCAAAAGGCGGCUUUGCAGGACCUGACGCGGGCGCACGUGGACUCCUUCAACUACGCGGUGCUGGAGGGGCUGAGCCUCGCGGUGCAAGCCAUACCUCCUUUUGAGUUUGCUUUCAAAGAUGAGCGCAUAUCUCUUACUAUUGUGGAUGCUGUCAUCAGUCCACCCUCAGUGCCCAAAGGGACCAUCUGCAAAGAGCUCAACGUUUAUCCAGCUGAGUGCCGAGGCCGAAGGAGCACCUACCGAGGGAAGCUGACGGCUGAUAUCAGCUGGGCUGUGAAUGGAGUCCCCAAAGGAAUCAUUAAACAGUUUCUUGGCUAUGUUCCCAUCAUGGUAAAGUCUAAGCUUUGCAACUUAUACAACCUUCCUCCUCAAGUCCUCAUUGAGCACCAUGAAGAGGCAGAGGAAAUGGGCGGUUAUUUUAUAAUCAAUGGCAUUGAAAAAGUCAUCCGUAUGUUGAUUAUGCCUCGGAGAAAUUUCCCCAUCGCAAUGGUAAGGCCGAAAUGGAAAAGCAGAGGACUCGGCUACACUCAGUUCGGGGUUUCGAUACACUGUGUGAGAGAGGAACACUCUGCUGUCAAUAUGAACCUUCACUAUGUGGAGAAUGGCACAGUCAUGGUAAACUUUAUUUACCGAAAGGAGCUGUUUUUCCUUCCUUUGGGAUUUGCACUCAAGGCACUUGUGAGCUUUUCUGAUUAUCAGAUUUUCCAAGAGCUCAUCAAAGGCAAAGAGGAGGACUCUUUCUUUAAGAAUUGUGUUUCUCAGAUGCUGAGGAUUGUAAUGGAAGAGGGUUGUCACACACAGAAGCAGGUCCUUAACUACCUGGGUGAACGCUUCAGAGUGAAGCUCAGUCUUCCUGACUGGUACCCUAAUGAGGAAGCUGCCGAGUUCCUGUUUAACCAGUGCAUCUGCAUCCACUUGAAAUCCAACACUGACAAGUUCUACCUGCUCUGCCUCAUGACCCGGAAGCUCUUUGCUUUAGCCAGAGGAGAGUGCAUGGAGGACAACCCUGAUAGUUUAGUGAACCAAGAAGUCCUUACCCCUGGGCAGCUCUUCCUGAUGUUUCUGAAGGAAAAAAUGGAAAAUUGGCUGGCGUCUAUUAAAAUAGCUUUAGAUAAGAGGGCUCAGAAAACCAAUGUUUCCAUAAACAAUGAAAAUUUGAUGAAGAUUUUUAGCAUGGGAACAGAGCUAACAAGACCGUUUGAGUAUCUUCUUGCUACUGGGAAUCUGCGUUCUAAAACAGGUCUCGGCUUCAUGCAAGACUCUGGCCUGUGUGUGGUGGCUGACAAGCUGAACUUCGUUCGCUAUCUCUCCCAUUUCCGCUGUGUGCACAGAGGGGCCGACUUCGCCAAGAUGAGGACCACCACCGUGCGCAGGCUGCUGCCAGAAUCCUGGGGCUUCCUCUGCCCCGUGCACACCCCAGACGGUGCACCGUGUGGGCUGCUGAACCACCUGACUGCCGUGUGUGAGGUUGUUACCAAGUUUGUGUACACAGCGUCUAUUCCAGCCUUGCUCUGUGGCUUAGGAGUCACUCCUUUUGAUGCAGCGCCAUGCCGACCGUACAGUGACUGCUACCCCGUCCUGCUGGAUGGUGUCAUGGUGGGCUGGGUGGAUAAGGAGCUUGCUCCUGAAGUUGCAGACACUCUCCGUAGAUUCAAGGUGUUGAGAGAAAAAAGAAUUCCUCCCUGGAUGGAGGUGGCCCUGAUUCCCAUGACAGGAAAACCAAGUCUGUACCCAGGGCUGUUCCUCUUCACCACUCCCUGCAGGCUGGUGAGGCCUGUGCAGAACUUGGACCUGGGCAGAGAAGAGCUCAUUGGCACUAUGGAACAGCUCUUCAUGAACAUUGCCAUCUUUGAGGACGAGGUUUUUGGUGGAGUUUCCACACACCAGGAGCUCUUCCCUCACAGCCUGCUGAGCGUGAUCGCCAACUUCAUCCCCUUCUCAGAUCACAACCAGAGUCCUCGGAACAUGUACCAGUGCCAGAUGGGUAAGCAGACCAUGGGCUUUCCGCUGCUCACUUACCAAGACCGAUCAGAUAAUAAACUCUAUCGUCUCCAGACACCUCAGAGCCCUCUAGUGAGACCGUGCAUGUAUGAUUACUAUGAUAUGGACAACUAUCCGAUCGGGACAAAUGCCAUUGUAGCUGUGAUCUCCUACACUGGCUAUGACAUGGAGGAUGCCAUGAUUGUGAACAAGGCUUCCUGGGAACGAGGCUUUGCUCAUGGAAGCGUCUACAAGUCUGAGUUCAUAGACCUCUCUGAAAAAUUUAAGCAAGGGGACGAUAGUCUGGUGUUUGGGGUCAAACCUGGUGACCCACGGGUUAUGCAGAAGCUGGACGAUGAUGGAUUGCCAUUCAUAGGAGCAAAGCUGGAAUUUGGUGAUCCUUACUACAGCUACCUAAACCUUAACACUGGUGAAGGCUUUGUGGUUUACUAUAAGAGUAAAGAAAACUGUGUUGUGGACAACAUCAAAGUGUGUAGUAAUGACACGGGCAGUGGGAAGUUCAAGUGUAUCUGCAUCACAGUCCGAGUCCCCCGGAACCCAACUAUUGGGGAUAAGUUUGCCAGCCGUCAUGGACAGAAGGGCAUUUUGAGCAGAUUGUGGCCAACUGAGGACAUGCCUUUCACUGAGAGUGGGAUGGUGCCGGACAUUCUGUUCAAUCCUCAUGGGUUUCCCUCCCGUAUGACCAUAGGUAUGUUAAUCGAGAGUAUGGCUGGGAAGUCUGCAGCUCUGCAUGGUCUCUGCCAUGACGCCACACCCUUCAUCUUCUCCGAGGAGAACUCUGCCCUAGAGUACUUUGGUGAGAUGUUAAAGGCUGCCGGCUACAACUUCUAUGGCACCGAGAGAUUGUACAGCGGCAUCAGCGGGAUGGAGCUGGAGGCCGACAUUUUCAUUGGUGUGGUUUAUUACCAGCGCUUACGACACAUGGUGUCAGACAAAUUUCAAGUCAGAACAACUGGAGCCAGAGACAAAGUCACCAACCAGCCCAUCGGGGGACGAAAUGUCCAGGGUGGGAUCCGCUUUGGGGAGAUGGAGCGGGAUGCUCUGUUGGCGCACGGUACGUCCUUUCUUCUUCAUGACCGGCUCUUCAACUGCUCUGACCGUUCUGUCGCCCACGUAUGUGUGAAGUGUGGCAGUUUGCUUUCCCCGCUGCUUGAGAAGCCUCCUCCAUCUUGGUCUGCAAUGCGUAACAGAAAAUACAACUGCACUGUGUGUGGCCGCAGCGACACCAUCGACACCGUCUCUGUGCCAUACGUCUUCCGGUACUUUGUAGCUGAGCUGGCAGCCAUGAACAUCAAAGUGAAGCUGGAUGUCAUUUAACUCAGCCCCUGGCUGUCCAGGCUGGGAGAUAAGGACAGCUGUGGGCAUUACGGGCUCACUCUGGGUCUGUACAAGAAUUUCAAUACUGAACCCAGAACAGGCAGCUGAGAAUUCACGGCUUUUGUGUCUCUGUAACCUGCUGAAGCUAGCUUUGGUACAUUCAUUUAAAAAAAGAUUUAUGUGCCUUCUUUAAAAAAAUGACUUAAUUGAUAAUAGAUCAUGCAGGGUGUCUCCUUUCUGGACCCAUGUUCACUGUUCCCUGCUUUCAGUAGCAGUGUCUGUCAUCCAGAGCAGGGCAGUACAAUAAACCAGAAAUGGAAGCCAUAAGUGUAAUUUUUAUUUUUAUGUACAUAUAAACUAAAGCUAUUUCAUGUAUAUAAUUGGAUCGGAAUGUAGGUAUGGUCAGUGAUGUCAUUAUCACAGUCAAGGUCUAUUGAUCUAUUGAUCGAUGUUAGUCAUAGGUGCCGUAGUAGAGAGAGAAGCUCACCAAGAUGCUAAGCCAUAAUUUUCCACAGGAGGAAAGGGCUUCAGCCUUCUUGAAAAGACUGACCCCAACUAGCACAUUCCAGUUACUUUUAUUCAGUCAUUUCACAAAAUUAAUUGGGUCUGGGGAAAGUUCCAACUACCGAAGUUAUCUUGCUUGCCCUUGCUGCCUGUGAGAGCAGACAGCCCACACAAUCCCUUUUGACCAUGGAUAGCCAUAAUCAAAAGUAAGAACUCCAGGUUUGCCAGGAGUGUUUUAGUACCAAGGAAGGUCUGUACAGCUGAAAGCUCUCACGUGGAAGCAAGUGCAGACUUUGGAGGGAGACAACAUUUCUUCAAGGUUUAAACAGUCUCAAAACAAUUUCUUAGCCUCUACUUAGUAACCCAAACAUAGCAGAGGCUUUGCUGAAACAUUUCACUCAAAGCCAGACACUAAGGCUUCCUAUACAUUUCAGUACACAAAUCCGUCAUCUCCAAAGUUUCCUUGUGCACCGUGUGUGUGUGUGUGUGUGUGUGUGUGUGUGUGUAAGUGUAAGUGUAAGUGUGUAAGUUGAUCUGUCCUCUACACAGUUCCAAAUGCAGCACAAUUAUCAGCUACAAGUAUGUCCUGUGAGUUUGGCUUUUCUUCUAACUCAUAGUGGGAUCAUGCAGCACCUGUCCAGUUGAUUGGUAUGUUUCGUAUCACAUGACAUCCUCAACAGUCAGCCCUGUCUUUAAAUAUGGUGAGACUUCCUCCUUUAAGGCUGAAUGUAUCUGAUUAGUGAGUAUGUCCAUUUGCUUUUUUUCCCUAACCUUUGUAUGUGUUUCUCAGUGCUUGUUAGGGUUCUAUGUGUAUGCUUGUGUAUAACAUCUUAUACAGCUGUACUGUUCCCUGUUGAUGGGUGUUUGAAUUUUUCCAUAAGGAAAGCACCUUGAAUUGGUUAAUACUUCCCCCAUGUUAUUAAUAGCUCAGCUUUAGACCAAGACACCCUAUUCUCUGUCUCUGUGUGCAGAUCUAGUGUCACAAAUAUUUGUGUUUUAAGGUCUUGUUGAGGGUAGGAUUUACAAUGAAGCAAAAACCGCCUGCAAACUGGUCACCUCCCUGCCCCAGCCUCCAGAGUGUGAAAAUUACCAACAUACCCUAUAAUACCCAGCUAAUUUUUUAAAAUUAACUUUUGUUCUUGUAGAUUCUUGACUAAGAAAUUGAUGUGACAUUAAGACAACCCAAGAGCUUCCUCAGAUUUGGCCAGUUUUAUGUGUUCUUAUGUAUAGUUAGUUGCAUGGACUGUUCUUUUCUGUGUAAAUUGCUGUUACCCACAGAACAUAUUACCACACAGCUUGUCCUGUUGUGUCUUCUCUGGUUAUCUCCAACCCUUCUACAUGUUCUCUAUUAUUUUAAGAAAUAGAAUCCUGACAUCAUAUUCUGGAAUAGACAUUUUUUUCCUUAACAGAAUUUCUUUUAAAUUUGUAUAAGUUGUAUGUAUUUGUUCAUGCCUUUGUAUUGUAUAGUACUCUAACGUAUGGGUGAACUAUUUUUAUCAUCCACUUUGAAGGACAUUUUGAUUGUUUCCAGUUUGGGGCAUUUAGAGAGAAAGCUUCAGGGCUGGAGAGAUGGCUCAGCAGCUAAGAGCACUGCUUGUUCUUCCAGAGGUCCUGAGUUCAAUUCCCAGCGACCAUAUGGUGGCUCACAGCCAUCUGUACUAGGAUCUGGUACCCUCUUCUAGUGUGUCUGAAGACAGUAACAGUGUAUUCACAUGCAUAAAAUAAAUAAAUCUUUC